CUUUCGACGCCAUGAGACACGCCGCACAGUGCGUAGGACGUGCGAUCAGAGGGAAAACGGAUUACGGUAUCAUGGUGUUUGCGGAUAAGAGAUUUUCAAGAAUAGACAAGCGAAGUAAAUUACCGAAAUGGAUACAGGAGCAUUUGAACGAUAGCUUAUGCAACUUAUCAACCGAAGAAGCUAUACAGAUCAGUAAAAGAUGGUUACGACAAAUUGUCGGAAUUUAAUAGGCGACGCUAGCAUUCCGAAGGCCCCGGGAAUUUUAAACGUAGUAGGAUCCUGCCAAUUUUCUUACAUAUAUUAAUAAAGAAUCAGCGGGCAUCUAAAAAUAAUUUACAUUAUUAUUAAAUUUAUCAAUAUGUAGACAAUCUUCUUGAUUUAAAAAACAAAAUGUCUUAGUAAUUUAGUUGGAUAAUUGAGAGUUGAUUAGAAAAGUUUCAAAAUCGAUUAUCGAAAAUAAUCGAUCUGUCGUCUAGUCGAUCUGCAACUCUUGAGUCGAAAUGUGUUUAUACGUAAAUAAGGUUAGCUUGAUGUUUCCAACCUAAAACCUUUAGUCGGAAACGUGCAGUUAAUGUAUAUUGUUAAUGUAUGUAUGUACAUAGUUACUAGUCAGAGAAGGUGUUAGUUUUGAAAAUAUUGGUCUUUGUUUUUAUGAAAUAGGUAAGAAUCCAGAAUUUACGUAGAUCAUACUGCAUUAAAUGAAUAGCUCAAUAAAUUAUUGUUGUCAAAAGUAUUACGUUUUUUUUUCAUCUAAUAUGCCAUUGUACUUUCGCAGGAUGUCUACGAAAUCGAGAAAGAGCCUGUCGUCGUGGCAACAGUGCGACAAGUGCAAAUGCGCUGUGUCGCAAAAAGACGUUUCGAUGCACGAGGCAAGCUGUCCACCUUCCACAGAAAGCUGGGACCAUUCGUUCCUAUUUAACGGAGUGUUGUACAGCACGUUAGAAGUCUUCCAGACGCAAGAAUUGCCCAAACGCAUUUCCGAGAGGGACGCUAAUGAUAUGGUGUUUGUGUCGCAGUUAACGUUGCAACUGUGCGAGAUCGCGAUUGGCUCGCCAACCGUUGUCGCGACGAAAGACGAGGUGGUUGUCAAAACAGCCUGGCCGACUAACGACAAGAGUUUGACGAGCGUCUCUUUGACGAAACACGCCAUCGAACUGAACAAUCUGUCGGGAUUGACCAAGGUAUGCGCCUUGACAUCCGAUAUCCAUAUUGCUAAGGAGAUCGUGAUUAGUCAACAAGGGAAGCGUCUGACGUCCGACGUGAGCGUGGAACUGAACAAUAUCCUAAAGUAUUUCAACGAGCACAAGAUAUUCACCGUGGGCAACAGGAUAAGCGUGCCGUUUUAUGGAAAGAAGUUGGUAUAUAAAAUUGUUGAGAUCAAAGCGGAAGAGAGCAAGAAGAAGAAGCGAAGCGAAGCGGUGGAUGUGAACGAUCUGUCGAAGGCUUUCGAAGAUAUAAAUCUGACGACUUCAUCCACGAAGGUGGCCUUUUACAAAGCGCUCUACACAACGAAGUGGACAAUUCUGGGUAUCACGGAUACGAAAAAUGAAGAGGACGUUCCAGGGAAAAGGCACAAAAUUGAAGACAUCGGCGGUUACGACGCUCUCAUAUCCGACAUAAGGGACGUAGUGGCAAUAGGCAUUGGCAGGUACAGGAGCAUCGAGCGGUUCAACGUCAGCAAGGGGAUAUUAUUGUACGGACCGUCCGGCGUCGGCAAAUCCAUGAUAGCCAACGCCAUAAUCGCGGAGUGUAACGUUAACACGUUCACCGUGCACAGCUCGGACAUUUACAGCAAGUCUGUGGGCGAGACGGAAGGUAAGCUCAGAGAGGUGUUCAGCAAGGCGACAUCGAGCGCUCCCAGUAUAAUACUGUUGGAAGACGUGGACAGUCUGUGCCCGAGGAGGAGCAGUUCCAGCACGGAUCACGAGAAGAGGGUGCUGACGCAAUUGGUCACGCUCUUCGACGAUCUGCAGAGCAGCAGCAGCAACGUGCUGGUGGUGGCCACCACCGCCAAAUCGGAUCUCGUGGACGGUUCUCUGCGGCGACCCGGCAGAUUGGACAUGGAAUUCGAGAUUUACGUACCGACCCCGAACAUGCGCAUGGAGAUACUGACGAAGUUACUCACGAGGAUCCCCAAUACGCUCUCGCGCGCGGACGUGCAGAUUAUCUCGUUCGUCACUCACGGCUUCGUCGGCGCGGACCUGUACGGCUUGUGCUCGAGAGCGAUAAUCAACGCGGUGAAACGCCAUCAAAAGGACAAGGACGUUACGUCCGACGACGAGCCAGAGGUGAUGAUGGUCGACUUUCAUUACGCUCUGACCACAACGAAGCCUUCGGCUAUGAAAGAGGUCUUGGUGGAGGUGCCGAACGUGAGGUGGUCGGACAUCGGCGGGCAGAAGGACCUGAAGCUGAAGUUGAAGCAGGCGGUCGAAUGGCCGUUGAAGCAUCCGGAAGCGUUCGUGAGAAUGGGCAUCACGCCUCCCAGAGGCGUCUUGAUGUUCGGACCGCCGGGAUGCUCCAAGACCAUGAUCGCGAAAGCUCUCGCUACCGAGAGCAAAGUUAACUUCCUGAACAUUAAGGGUCCGGAACUGUUCUCGAAAUGGGUGGGCGAGUCGGAGAAGGCUGUGAGAGAGGUGUUCCGGAAGGCGAGACAGGUAGCACCGUCCAUCAUAUUUAUCGACGAGAUCGACGCACUGGGUGGCGAAAGAGGUUCGUCCUCCGGCGGUAGCGGCAGUAACGUGCAGGAACGAGUGCUGGCCCAGUUACUGACUGAACUCGACGGUGUCACCGCUUUGGGGAGCGUCACGCUAGUAGCGGCUACUAAUCGACCAGAUAAAAUUGACAAAGCACUCCUCCGACCUGGACGAUUAGAUCGUAUCAUAUACGUGGGGCUGCCGAACGAGGAGACCAGACGAGAAAUAUUUCACAUAAAAUUGCGAAAUAUGCCGAUCGCGAAGGAAGUAGAUAUCACGGAACUGGUUUGCCGAACAAUCGGUUACACCGGCGCGGAAAUUCAAGCAGUAUGUCACGAAGCUGCCAUGAAGGCGUUGGAGGAGGAUCUCGACGCUGCUGUCGUUACCAAAGAACAUUUUAUCGCCGCAUUUAGUGCCAUCGCCCCUAGAACGUCCGAUUCCCUCCUCCAUAUUUACGAGGAUUAUAAAUAAUAAAACUUUAUAAGAUUUAUAUGAGGAUGUGUUUGAAUGCAUUUUCAUUGCGAGAAGAGGCAUCGCAGAAAAAGCUUUAGAUUUCAGUUUUAUUUGUUCUCAAGAAUUCUUAAUCUUUAGAAGGAAAGAAAAAGCAGAAGAAACGAAUUUAAUUGGUAUAUAGAUUUAUAUAGAUUCGUUAAUUAUAAUUGACUAAAACAAUUAUCAGAAGAGAUUUACAAAAUGAACUUUUAUUUGCUUGCAGAUUGAUUUACAGAUUAUAUAUUAUGAGAACAAA